UGGACAAGAUGUCAGGUGGAUGAAUAUUUUUCCCUUUCCCCAGCGUUCAACGCUAAUUUUGAAGCGAAUAUCGAGGUGUCCAAGAACCGAAAUAAGGAAGUGAACCACAGAGAAUGAUAAUCGCGUUUACUAACCAUGCAGCGAUAAAACUCUACCGGCUUUGAAGUUGUGCUCAACGACCCCAUUCAACCUCACCCGUCCCAUACCUGAAUUAUCCUGCAGGAUUCGAUGCUGGAUCUGUCCUCCGCCGCUUGUCCGCCAUGUCGGAGGAGGCAGCAGCAGAGGCGGAGCGACGCCUCGAGGAGCGUCGUGCACGUUCUCUCGCUCUGGAGCAGGCUUACGUGCACGACGUGUACGACCGGAUCGCACGGCACUUCGCAGACACGCGGUACAGGCCCUGGCCGAGGGUCAGGCAGUUCCUCAUGGACCUGGAGCCCGGAAGUCUCGUCGUUGACGUGGGGUGUGGCAAUGGAAAGUACCUUCACUUAAACCCGGACUGCAUGGUGAUCGGGGCGGACCGAUGCUCGGCGCUCCUCCUCUCUUGUCGCUCCGACAAUGGGGAGGUGGUUCGUGGCGACUGCCUCAAAAUGCCUUUUCGGGAUGGGGCUUUCGAUGCCGCCCUCUCGGUGGCGGUCCUCCACCACCUGGCCACCGCCGAGAGGAGGGUGGGGGCGCUGAAGGAGCUUGCACGUCUGUUGAGGAUAGGUGGGCGCUGUCUCAUCACCGUAUGGGCAUCAGAACAAGGACAUCGAAGGUUUGAUGCCCAGGAUGUUCUGGUGCCAUGGCACGAACCUGUGAAGAGCAGCAGUGAAGACCGAGGCUCUUCAGUGGAGAGGGAGCUGACAAGUACGACGACCAGCGACGACGACGUACUUGUCUACCAUGCGUAUUCACACAUUUCGGACGGGGAGUCUCCGCACGCAGUGACCAACCGCAAGCGACUCCGUGCGCGGAAUGGGCGGGGCCGCUAUCUCACCUCCCACCACGCUCACAGGAACAACAACAGCAGCCAGAGCAGCUCGGAGCUAUCAAGCCCCAACGAAACAUGCUACAGCUUCGUGAGGCGGGCCUUCCAGAAGCUUUCCUCCGCCUCAACGGAAGGUUUAGCCAAGAAAAACUCCCCUCCUAGGCCAUACUUUUACAGAUCCUGUCGGAGACCCUGCGUAUCCGAUAGCAUGGAAUUCGGGUCCAAAGGGAAUACGGAGGAAAAUGGAUCUCGGAAAGAAAUCCAGAAACAGGACAGCUUGGACGCUGAUUGCCCUGACCUACCCCACGAAGACGAUAUUCCCAUCGAGAUUCGUCACUUGGAGGCAUAUGAGACAUGCCAGACUUGUGGCUCCGCCCUCGACCACGCCUCCUGCACGUCCUGCUUGCCUACUUCUGAAGGAAAGAAAUCGCGAUCUUUAGGGGACUUUUUGAACAUGAUUCCUCGACUCCUACGGGUGAAGAAAUGCGAGAAAGAACCCCUACAGGAUCUGCACAAGCGUAUCUCGACAGCUAGCGAUCCAAGGGAGUAUGUGGUGAGGACGCGGGGGCUGGCGCAGCCCAAUGGCAUUGUCCGAUCCAAAUCCACGUUGUCCUUCAUGUCUCGCCUUGAGGAGCUCAUGGCCUCUGCCUCCCUCGUAGACCCCGCCCAUGGGGGUGGAGCAAACCCAAACUGUAGGGCUGGGCCCCGGUCACAAGCACAACUUCCCUCUCUAGUUUCACUAGGAGAAGGAAAUGGCGGAGUAAUAAAACCAGUGGAAGGCAGCACCAAUCCGAGAAGGUACAUUAGCCCAGCAGAUGCUUUGCGCAAACUUCGCCAAGACGUAUCCUUGCAAGAUGAGGAAGAAAAACUGCAGAACAAUGAGCCGCCUAUUGAGGCGGAGAAAGAGCAGACCACGCCUGAGCCUCCAAACGAGGCUCCAGUUGCAGAAUCACCAACUGAACAGAAAGAAAAGGCGGAGUCAGGCACUCUUUCUUCAUACUACUCGAUGCCUGAGUUGUACAAACUGAUUGUCGAGCAAGAAUCAGCAACAGCCGAGCGUCACAUCAGUUUCUACGAACAGGCCGUUCGAUCGGAGGGCGGGACAGAGGAGGGACCCGAUACGGCUCGCCCUACAAUUCAAGAAGAAGCUCCACCUCAGAGAGGUCUGGUCAAAAGGAGUCUCAGUGUAGAUACCGGAGAUAAUUCAUCCUCUUCACACCGGGUUCCCCGACGUUUUUCCGCUUCUGCAGCGCAGGGUGCUCUCUCUUCUGCUUUGCGCCCGUACGCCCCGCUGCCACGAAGUUGCAGCAGGGGCAGCUCCGUCAAAAGCGACACCAGCGUCGACAGCGAGGAGAGCGUCGUGUCUGUGGUAUCCGCUAAGUGCAGGGGCGGCGGCAACAGCUGCAGCGUCACCAGCGACACCAGUGUUGACAGCGAGGAAUCCGUGGUCUCAGUCAUCCAGCGCAGCACGAGCGAGGUGGAUGCACUGGUAUCCGGUCCACAAUGCAGGAGCGGGAACAACUUGUCGCGCCUGGGCAGUCGCUCUACCCAAGCCAGUCCCAUCACCGUGCUUGGAGGACAAACUUCAUCUUCGGCAGAGUCGUCACCGCCUCAGUCGGGGAAGAAUGAUGGACGAUUUCCUGGAGCUACGACAGUCCUCGACCAACUGAUGCAACAGCAGAUGUAUUCGCCGAGUGACAGGAGCUACCUGCCUGAAUAUCCUGCAAUUAGGAAUGCAACCGCAUCAACUGAUAGCCAUCUUUCUUCAAAAAACGGAGGUCUUGAAAGUCUGUCGAAACAUACCGAACCAAGAGGAAGUGACGUCCUCGACCAGCUCAUGAAACAGCAAGGUUUAAUAUAUUCUCAAAGUGAACAAAAUUACGUCAUAGAUAAUUCGGCGAAUAGAAAUCAGGACGCUUCUUCAGAAUCUCAAAUGUUCUCGAAAAAUCAAACGUUUGAAAGUUUCACAAGAACAGACAAAAACCAAUUGCACAAUGAACCAAACGAUGUAGAACAACUUUUGCUAGAGCAGAGCAAUAUGUGUUCUCCUCGCGAUUUCAGUACAUCGGUAACAUCUUCCACGGAUGACCUGAUCAUAAAGACAUCAGUGCAUAAUUCCUACGGUACAGAUAGUAGCUCAGAGAAUAUAGAUGGCAACAUGUGGAAACUCGAACAGUUGACUCAAGAACUGUUAGAAGCAAAUUAUUCAUCCUACAAUAACGAAGCAUCGCCAUCAAAUGACAUCUCUUCAUAUCAUACUACGGAACAUCACAUUACACAUCCACAUUCUUCAAUCCCCGAAGAUAAAGGUAAAGAAACUAUAGAACGUACUUCGCGCGGUGGUCACAGGAAUCUAUGCAGACUCGAGAAACUGAGAAACCCAAUGAAAGAAGCAAACAAAUGUGUGUCUGCACAAACAUGUCCCGAUGGAAUAUACGUCGAACAACGAUCUACGAACAAACAAUGCCACUCAGACCAAACAUCUGAGCAGUUAGUAGAACUUGGUGCCAAAGAAAGAGAAUUUUUUAAUACUGGUUUCGAAGUACCGAAAAAGGUUGAAGAACAAGUUUUGCAGACAAAGAUCGCUGAAGUGGUGUUAGAGAAAAAAGAUCAGGAGGAAGGGGAAUUGUCUCGCACACCGAGCCCAGUUGGGCCUUUUCAUUACAUUACGGAUCCCUUCAUCACUGGUGUAGAAUGUUCGUCUGCAACAGACGAAUCUCGAGUCAAAAGUUUGAGAUUUUCUUCAGAAGUAACUGAUCUCGAAGAUAUGAAGCUUUCUUCAAAUAAAUCACCCAAUAAGUCACCUAAGAAAUCGCCGAAUGAGAGCAUGCCGGCGUCUGUGCUUAAAAAGAAAGAAUUGGAUAUUGCACCGAUAGAAGCUUCAAGUUCCGAUUGCAAAGGGGAUUCUAAGGCACAACCCAAUGAAAGUGAAGUACGGAAGUCUCUUUUCAAACUUAAGGAGAGACUAGAAAGUUUAACUUCAAGCCCUGGUCCAAUACAAGGCUUUGAUAUAUUCAAGAACGUCAGUCAUAGCAUUCAAGGUAUGGGGUUGACGAAGAACUCCGACACAGACCAACCACCUACUACGGAACAAAUAUCCAUACCCGUGAGGCCCAGCUCCAGCCCGAAAAGUGCCAAUAACAGCAGACAAUCCUCAUUGGAUGAGUCCAGUCAGGUAACCCUCUCGGAUGAGUCAUCUGUAGUGACGACGACGUCAGAAGACGGACCUCGAACAGAGGAGGACGAAGAAGAUACCGUCAGGAAACGAGAAGGGGCGGGGCCCUCAGAGAGACCGCCUAAAACUUCUCUCAACGAUAACGAAGGGAGGAGUCAGAAGAAGGCUGGUGUCCGAUGUGCUUUGCGAAAACGACUAAGAAGGUCUUGCGUAACAAUCGAUGAGGUGGAAUGCCGUGAGUUCGUAUCAUCAGAGGAUACUUCCCCGUCCUCCUCCGUCUCACUGGAGUGGAACGAUUUCGACAAAAUCGAAACUGACGCCUGCUUCGGAGGGAGAACAGAUGAGACGGUAACAACUACAAUUGAAAUAUCCUGUGACGACGUCAACGUGGCAGAGACAGAGACCAAGUUUAACGUUUUCGUCGACAAGGAAAUGUGUGUCUUCUUCGAGACGCCUUCAUCUUCGUCCAUCGGCAAGUCGGCUUCAUCGUCUUCCAACGCUACUGACUUCUCCACAACAUCAGACCGGAUGCGAGGGGUGAUGCAGAGAGAAAAAUCGGAUGAUAGAUCGUCAAAGGAGAGUGACAGUGACAACUUGAGCAAGUUGUCAGACGUGGAAGCUAGGCCAGAUGCAUCUACUGAUGAUUCGAAUGCCAAGCGAACUAUCGACACCUCGUCCAUGUCGCUGGAUGUGUUGGAAUCAUGUGGCUUUCCACGAGGGGCAACUACUUCCACGUGGGUGCUCAGCAACAUUGACGAAAUGCCAGAUGACGUAGAUGCAGUCGGCGACAAAGACGAUCAGUGCAAAAGCAAAUGUUCAAUGCGACAAACUUCGAAAUGGCUGCUGAAUAACAUUGAUGAAAUGACUGAAACAGUAAAUUGCGAAACUGAAGAUAUAACUACCUGUUCGAAGGCAACUACUUCCCAUUGGUUGCCAGUAAAUAUCAAUGAAGUUCCAGCCACUGUAGUAGAAAAUGUCAAUCCGGACCAGCAGGGUGAAUCUUUUCUGGACUGCAGAGACAUUUAUAGGAUUAGUUUCGACGACUCUAAAGGAGCAACUCCUGUCCAAGACAAAGUUGUAACAUUAGCUGCAAAAGGUUCGGUAGAUCUUAUCCAAUCAGAGAAAGUUAAGAAGUCGACUGAGGAUAAAAUCUUCGUCAAUGGUGAUGCUGUGUGUGACAGAGAAGUUUCAGGAGCCAGCAAAAGUGUUUCGACGACAAGAAGAAAUAGUAAGGAUGUACCAACCGACAUACUGGCUGCAUUAGUAGAGACGAUAUCAGAUAUAACAUCUGUUUUUGGAGAGAUGUAUUCAAGACAUGAUACAAAGUCGGAGAAUUUUAGUUCUGACGAAUCCUCCCUGGAGAGUUAUGCUGUUGGAAAUCCUUCCGACAAUGGACGGUGUGGAAAUUAUAGCAAGAUUCCAGUAGAAGACAAAAGGCAAAAAAGCAAGGAAAUUUUAAAUGAGCAUAAUGAAGAGAAAAGAACAGAAAAAAUAAAUGUUUUAUCAAAGACGAACCUCAGGAAUAGUCCAGCAAUAACAAAGCUGCCUUCCGAAAAAAUUGUUAACUCUUCCUUUAACAAAUUAAAUGACAAAAUUUUCAAACUUAAACAAUAUAGUAAGAAACCAGACGUCAAAAUAUCCAAUAGAGAUAAAAUGACUGGCCUGGAUGUAGAUUCAAAAUAUGUAGUCGAUUGUUCAGGGAAAAUAAAAAUUGAGCAACAAACAGAUGAUACUAAAUGCGUUGAAGCGAAUCACAUUGGUGACGGAAAAUGUAGAACAUUGAAUGGUAUCGUAAAUUUGAGUGACGAGGACAAGAAAGAAAAUCUGCCUUUGCACAACAUCCGUUUGAAAAAUGUGAAGCACAAUUCAUUAGAAACGGAAGAAAAAUCAGAGAAGAAAUUUUGGACACACACACGACCAAAUAAUCUAGAAAAAAGGCAUGAAAAUAUAUUGGACCACAAAACGUCUGGCCAUUUAGAAGUUAAAAAAUUAAAUUCUUUAAAAUCCAAUUCGUUAGAUAAAAGAAAAGAUCAUACUGAGUCGAAUCAUACUUCACGUAAAAUUUCCUCGGCAAAAACCGAUUCAAAAUCGUCUUCCAUAAUGAAACAACACUCUUUAGAGGAUUCAGUUUUAUGCAAUGGUACGCGGCAACUGUCCUCAGGGGAUGUCAAAAAAUCAGAACAAAACGAUGAUCUUCAAAGCCAUACUGAAGGAUCUUCACAGAGUGUUUGCACGAAGCAAUCAGGCAUCGUGCGUCAGGCUUCUGCAGAGGAAUCUCUCGGCAAUCCCCUAAAGGAACACAAGGAAUCCAAGACUGUCCGGCAAGAUAAGAAGUUGAAUCGUUGUUCGCUAAGCGUGUGCCUUGAUAAAAAGAAACAGGACUCUCUGGAUGAUGACACUUCGCAGUCAGCCCCCUGUAGUCCACGGACUAGACCACCACGACAGAGAUCCGUGGACGAGGUCAGUCGAUCUGAGCUGAGUCGUGGAUCUUCGCUCAGUCAGUCUACUUCUCAAGAGAGUCUCCCUGGUGGGGGCGGGACAAUGGCCUGUCACCGGUACUACCAUGUCUUCCGCCAAGGAGAACUGGAUGAUCUUAUAGAGAGUCAUGUGGACAGCUUGCACAUCAUAUCUUCCUAUUAUGAUCAUGCCAAUUGGUGCGUCAUUGCCGAGAAAGUUCAAGUGUGGACUAUUUGAUUGAGAGAUGAUACUUGGUCUCAAGAAAAUGCUGGUUCAUUUGAGUUCAUCUUCAGUUUAGUGCAAAAACUACGACGGGCGGAGAUAUUGGAAGGCUGCUGGUGACGUCACCCACCGCCGAGACACCAGUGUAUCACCAGGUUCUUUACGUAGAGCUGUACUGUUUUUUUUUCUCCCGAAAACAACAAUAACAACAAACUAGAUUCAUAUGACGUUGCAAUCUUCUGUUUAAGGACAUCUGCCGUUUUGCCUUGACAAUUAUUUUACCACCAAAGCCAAAGCAAAUAUAAUACGAUAUGAAUAUUUUCUUGACAAUGUCACUCAUUCUAGUUCGUUGAUCAUUGAUAAUAUUCAAUGAGUCAAGUUAAAAAGAAACUGUUCUUUCUUUAUGAGUGGUCCUUGUGCUCAAUCAAUAUCUGACGAUUGCUGUAUUAAGACACUGUCCUUUUAUUGCAUUUUCUGCAAGUGAGGAGAAAAAGUUGCUCCACUACUGAUGUAGGUGCCUAUAUGACUAAGAGUUUAUGAACACAAAACUCAUAUUUUACGUUUCAAUUUAAUCUUUCAUAUUCCUCUUUAAUAAUUGUGAACUAAGCUCUCAUUCAUCUUCUGAUCGUUAGUGUUAACUCAGGCAAUACCUUUCCAAAUUACGAGACAAAUUUUUGGAAUUUUCCCAUAUGCCUUGACGUAUUUCAAAUAUGGUAUUGUCAUUGCUUUGUCUUUCCUUUCCCAGCUGUUGAACUAUACAUGCUAUAAUACCGGUAUGACAGAGUUAAGUACUCUUUUUAAAAUUAAGAGCUUAAAAUUCAUUUUUUAUGUGGUUCAGUUUUUAAGACUGUGGGAAAAUCAAACCAGCAGAAAAUAUUUUUGCCUCAAAACUGCUUUGCCUUUUACUGUUUUUUGUUUGUUCCUCUGCUUCCUUAUAUGAGAAAAGUAACCCUUUGUAAUCAAAGUAAUGUUAAUACAGAAAGCAAUUAUAUUACUUGAGCCUAAAAAUUGCAAAUGCGAUGAUACUUAAAAGUAGUUCUCAUUUCAUUGUAAUUAGCUCCUGAUGGUGCAACCAAAAAGAGUUUUGUAAUACUUAAAUAUAUUAAAAAGAAGUGUUUUACUAUUGAGUUUUAUUUUGGAAUGAUUUUUUUUUUCAAUGACAAUUAUAAAGUAUGAACCUUAAUUAGCUUAACCAACUAAGUAUAACUCAAAAAUCAAAUCAUUUUUUAAAAUCUUUAUUUGAGGGGAAGUUUUUUACUUUAAUCAGUUCUUUUUUCCGAAAUUUAAACUUAUAUCAACAAAAUUCUUCAUGUUCGAGUACAUUUCAACCGUAGAAAUAGUCCAUUUAAAACUCUUAAAACAAAACGAAUGUUUUGAUUUACCUCAUAUAGUGAAUGAUAUUUGAAAAAUGAGUUCCCCCACAAUGGGGAUGUCAUAACAUGACUUUGUCUCACCUUCGGAAUCCUUUAAAGAAACAUCUAAAAAAAUUUGUUCCUGAACAAAAUAAUUUUGUAUUUUUAAUUUAAUUAAUUUUUUUAAGUAGAAGGCUUAAAAAGCCUCUCCUUCAAAACAUUUUCUCGUUUUCCUUUUAGAUAAAUACUUAAAAUAAGUAUCAACCAUAGACAGAUUGAUUUUUUUCCCCUCGUGCUUACUAAUAUAAAAACUUACUAAUAAAAAAAAACUUACUAAACUUACUAAUAUAAAAUUAUUCAUAAAGUUCUAUCUCCUUUUCCCCAUAAUAAACUCAAACUUGUGUUCCCUUGUUCACAAUUUUUACAGUAAAUAAAUAAAUAAACUAACAAAUAAAGCUAGGUUAUUAAAUAAUUCAAAAAUAAUUACGUAACUAUAAUUUUAUUUUUUAACUAUACUAAGUUUUAAAUGCAAAUUAAUCUCUGGGUAACUUUUUCUAAUUUAACCAAACAGAAAAAUUUCACAAAAAUAUCUUUCGUUUUUAUAGCUCUUAUAAUUUGAUUACUCACUGUACAAAAGAAAUUGGACUUGGCGUGUUUGAAUUAUGCAAGUCUUUCAAGAGGAUAUAUUGAGCGCACAUAUACUAUGUGUAUUUUAUGUAUACAUGGUCAAUUUUUCUCCCCUUCGCAAAAUGUGAUGUACAAAAGCUGCAGAAGCUGUCUAUAUCUUGAAAAACCGUUGAGGAAGUCAGCAAAUACUUUUAGAGAUACGGCCAUUUUGGUGACGGUAACUACAACAUCACCACAGCUACAGAUGAUAUCUUGACCUUUAUCUUAGCGCUCGUCUGUUCUAACAUGGCAGCUAUUUUGCCACCAGAGCCUAAAUGAGCAUUGUGGGAUUUUUUUUUGGCAAAAAGACUUUUUGUAUGUGUGACAUCUUUUGUUCUUUAGUGAAUAUUGGAGACAGCGAGACGACGAUCACCAACGUUUUAAUUUUGAAAUAUUGUUGAUGAUUAAGUUCAAAACUGAAAAUAUGAGCUAUUAUGAGCAUAUAUUGCGUCCUUUUUCAUUGUUUUAAUAUUCAUGCAUAAAUGUCAGUAAAAUCCUAUUUUUACGAAGCACUAUGAAGCGAAGAUAGACUAAGUUCUCUUUCCAUGCUCUCAAAUUGAAAAAGAAUGAAAAAUGACGUUUUUUGAAAUUAAAUAAAAGUGUUAUUGAUUUGUUUGUGCUUCAAUAAGUAAAUAAAUAAAUGAAAAAAAAAUAGUAAAUACAAUAAAAUUUAAUGAAUUAAAUAAAAUUCAAAAAAUAUUUCAAACAUAACUUGCAUGUUAUGUCGUAUCUGCUUCCUUAAAUUUCAAAAUUUGUUUUGUAAACUUCUAUUUUAAUGACCCUCUAGCUGCCACGGUUCCAUUAAUUUUUCGUCAGCGUGUAUUUUGAUCUAUUGUUCAGAGUUACUAAUCACGUGUCGGCGUUUAGGAAAUAUGUUUUAUUUAAAAAUCCACUGGACUUCGCAUACAUUCUGAACAUGCUUAGGGUUUAUAGAGUCUUACAAUUGUAAGAAGAGAACUGAGAAAAUUGAUCAAUCAAAAGAAAACCUGUUUCCACUGAUUCUCUGAUGAGGAACAAAAGGGGUAAAAGCAAGAAAAUACGAUUAGGAAGAAAGAAUUUCGUGUCAAAUGACUGGUUAUUCUUCCCUUUCAACUAUUCAAAGAUAAAUACUUUCGAAAUGAAUAUUUUUUUAACUGGAAGAGUUUAUUAACCGUUAAAAUAAAAGUUAAUGAAUGCCGGAGAAUCGUAAUUUCGUCUGUUACCAUAGAGAUUUUACGGGUAUACCCUUAGUAAGACAGGGGUGCCUACCUGGGAGUCAUGGAGCAGAUUGCGCCGUUGAAAUUUUUAGGAGAGGGGGGGGGGGGUGAAGAGAAAUUUUCACUUUUUUUUAAAGGGGACUCUUGCUUUUGGGGGUGGCUUCGCGAUAUUUAGCGGGAGGGGGUGAGUCCUUGUUCUUAGGAGGGCAAAAUAAGUAAGAUCUCUGUGUCUCUGAUACAGGACUCAGUGACGUCGUAUACCAACGCCGCCGAAAAACAAAAAACCGUUUUCGCGAUAGUGUUGCAUAUACCCGAAGUGAUGCCUCGUAAAUAGAUAAUAGAGCCCAUAUUGCUUUCUUAUCCAUCUGUUUUGAAAUCUUCUAAGAUAAUCACUGAGCCAUAAUGCAAACUGGUGAGACGAACUUUAGCAAAAUAUGCGAUUACGGGCAAAACGGGUUCAUCGUAAAUGAAAGGGACAGAGCGAAAUAAUUUUUCCUGCGUUUUCGAGUAUUACAUGGUGAAAAAAAGACUAGUCAGGAAAAUACCACAUUAUUUUCCUCGGAUUUGUUGUAACGCUUCAAAACUAUUUUUUUGUUUUGUAAGUAAUAAGCAUUUUUACCAGGAAAUGUUUAUAAUUAAAAUGUUGCAAAUGUUAAAUUUUAGCAAAGUUCUCGUUUGAAGUGUUAGAUUUAUUUUUUAGGUUAUCUAGAUAACCAUAAAUACUUGAUAAAAUACAGUUUUAUGCGGGGGUUACAUUCUACGGAAAUGCCGCGUAAACCGAAACCGCGUAAAUUGAGACCUCAUACUAAUGUUAAAAUAAGGGUUUGGUUCCGUAGAUUUAAAAAAAAAAUCGUUCUAGUGAUGACUAUUUGUAUAAUAAGUUUAAUGUGGACUUAUAUUGACUUUUAUGCACAAUAUGUAUAAAGAAAAUAUAAAUUAAUUUCAUGUACUGUUUAUAAAGAGGAGCUGGCUAUGACAGUCUUUUGUGAGUUAUUAAGAAUUUUUCUCUGUAGUUCUUUGCAGAGCAUUAACGCAUCCAUGAUCACUUGCAUCAUUUCCAUGAUAGAAUCUUCCUUCACUAACAAAUCAGAGAGAUCAUUUAUAUUGUCUAGAAAUGGUUCAAAAUUUUCAAUGUGAACGUUUUUGGUUGUGCAUCACCGACGUCGGUACCCUGUUUGUGACUCCUAAAAGCUCUUCUUCCAGUGAGUUCUGAACUGUAUGAGUUUAAUAACUUUACUUCUGGAAACAGCUCUGGAACCAAUCGCAUAAAAUGUCUCCAGUGGCCCAAGCUCGAUUAUUAUAAGCAUGCCAAAAUGGCGUUGAUUACGCAUAAUCUGCAAUUUUUAGGAGUUUGGAUUUUGAAAAGAGGGGAAAAUUUUAUCUGCUUGCAUUGCCGCAUCUGUGUAAAACCGAAACU